AUGGGCGGCGGGGACCAGAAGCAGUUCUCCUACCUGCCAAAGGUGAUGAACGGCGGGUUGGCGGGUAUUGUCGGUGUAACAUGCGUCUUCCCACUGGAUCUCGUGAAGACUAGGCUUCAGAACCAAGUGAUCGUCGAUGGGAAGCCACAGUACACCGGAAUCCUGGACUGCUUCAAGAAGACGUUCCGCGCCCAGGGCUUCUUCGGCAUGUACAGCGGCUCCGGGGUCAACAUCCUGACCAAGCUGGCUUCACCUGGAGAAAAGCACCUCGCCGCCUGGAAGGGUAUGGUAGCCGGUGGGUUGGCUGGAUUCUUCCAAAUCUACGUUACCACCCCGAUGGAGUUGUUGAAGAUUCAGAUGCAACAGCAGGGAGCUUUGGCGGGUACGAAAAAGCAAUCCGCUUGGCAACUGACGACACAACUAUUCAAGGAACGAGGAAUCGCAGGGCUGUAUCGGGGUAUCACAUCGACGAUGGCCCGCGACGUCACCUUCUCCGUCAUUUAUUUCCCACUAUUUGCACAGUUGGAUUCGAUGGCGCCAAGGAAGGCUGAUGGCAGUGGUGAUGCUGUCUUUUACGGAUCUUUCCUCUCCGGAUUGGCAGCUGGAGCGACCGCUUCAUUUUCGGUGACACCGCUUGAUGUGAUCAAGACCCGAAUGCAGACGAUUGGACUACAGGUCAAAUAUAACGGGAUUGUCGAUGCUUUCUUUACGAUCCUCCGAACGGAAGGGCCAAAGGCGCUUUUCAAGGGGGCCGGAUGUCGUAUGCUGGUAAUGGCCCCACUCUUCGGUAUCGCCCAAACCGUCUACUACAUCGGAGUCGCGGAGAAGCUGCUUGGACGCGAAAAGGCAGCUCAUGUC